CUCUGGCUCAAGCUUGACGAUUUUGUCUUGCCUGAAUAUUGUCUACCCAAAGCUGUUCUCCUCAACUGAAGAUAGCCAUGUAAGUUUCGAGUCGUCAUUGCAUGACGAAGUUUGCUCGCCGGCGCUACUCGAUCGCUUUCGGUCGAGCGUUGUGUAUAAAUCUGAGGCUCUGGAGCGGCUUACUCAGACACCACCAUCAUCUACUUGCGCACAUACCGUUCGCAGCUGGCAGUCAACUGACUCUCAUUUCAUCGUUGCGCUUUCGACUCUAUCGCACUGCUUAGCUACCAUGGAGCACAACAGAAAAGCGGAGCGGAAGCCAAUAUCUCGAGAAGUUACCAACUUACUCCAUACUCUAAGGGGAGAACAUUAUCGUCACGAGCAGAAUCUGCAGCGUUCCAAAGCCCGUGUGCCAUCAUAUCGGUUCCGUCAAAAUCCCACCCUCCCUUUCGACCAGAUAUACGCGGAUAGGCAACCUGAGCAACGGAGACCUAUCCUCUACCCAGAUGUGCCCACCCCUGUUAAACUAGGUCCAGAAGGGGUCUUGGAGUAUGCAUAUCCACGAGGCCCGGUCCCUGGGCCAACGCCACCGCCAAGUUGGAGUAGGCUGUUCGGGAAGGGGAAGGGGAAGGAGGUAGAGGAGUCCGAGCACAGGGCUGAGGCUCUGUCGCUUAUCUUCUCCCACCUUCCGACAACCGCAGGCGCACCGAGAAGUGCAGAUGCCGCCAGCUCAUCCAUUCCGCCACUCACAUUGAUUUGUCUACAAUACUUGCUUUCCCUCUUUUCCGAUUCUGAACGCGCCGAUGAUUUCGCCGAGAUUGUCCCCUAUAUUCCGCCUCACCUGCGCCGAGAUUUGAUGCGCUGGUCGGCCCAGCACUCUCCGCUGCCCAGCUCCAAGUUGUUUGCACUGUGCGAUGCGGAAGGCCAUGCCGACGGCGAACUCAUCGUUGUUGGUCCUCAAGCAUCGCUCCCUCGAAAUUAUUUUAGGAGAAUCAAGGCCGCCGACAUGAGCACGGAACAUGUAGAUGCUGUUCAUGGCGACCAGGAGGCAACUGAAGAUUGGGACUCAACGAAUGUCUAUACGCCUGCAGCGCUGCAUACGCUCGUCCUCCUCUCCUCUCCUCUUCCUGUCGACACGCUUCUGACCUUCCCGCCUACGCUCACACAUUUGGCCUUGCUCGCUCUGCCUGCUCCUGCGCAGGUACAUCGGUUACCACGUAUCUGUCCUCUGAUUGAAGUGCUCGAUCUAUCUUUCAACGUAUGGCUCGUGGAGGAUUUCGGGAAGAAUGGUGAGAGUAUACUGGACAGGAUCGAAUGGAAUCGAUGGAGUCGCCUGAGAGUGCUUGGAUUGCGAGAAUGCGGAGUGGGUACGGACAUUGUUGCUCGCGUUAACCAGAGUCGCUGGACAGAUGUCGAGAUCAUAGGUGUAGAUACUUCUGUCGGCUGAUAGCAGUCUUGCACUCGAGAAGUGCCGCCCUUGGCGGCAGAUCCCUUGCUCGCCUUAGAUGCCGUGUAACAAGUGCAUAAGGUGUAGUAAAUGUUAACUGGUGUCUUACCUUUGAGAAAAAAUUGCCUCC